AUGUCACCACUGGCGCACCCCUCUAGCUCAGGAACCGUGGUGGCAGAGUCGACCUCAUCGGAAGGCGAGACGAACUCUACAGGGUUCUUUGACUACCUGUUGUCCACUGCUGCGGAGUCUAAGAGCAAGGUUGAUGGAGUGAAGAGGAUAAACAGCGACUGGUAUGAGUCCUUCAACUUUUCAGACCAGAACAGCGUGCUGUCUGACUCAUUGAAGGACACACUGCCCGGUUACAAAUUGCUGUCGAGUAUAUCUAGUGAUAUGUACAGAGGGUUCAACAAGACAACCAAGAGAAGUGUCAUCGUCAAAUACGUAUCGUACGUAUCGGCUGGUUCAAUAUCAAGGCUCUAUAACGAAUGGUAUGCGCUUUCAGGCUUGAACACGGAGCCAUAUAGUACCAAGGCUCCAAGGACGCUGCCCACUGACAUCGAAGGUGUGCUCUACCCAUGUGAUUGGGUUGCUCUUGAUGACUACGGAGGUUUUGCGCUUGUCUAUGAAGACGUUCUAAACCUGAAGACCUUCAAAGAAGUAUUUGUGAUGGGGAUGGUCAAAAACGAGCAGAAGAUCUUGACAAGCAUAAUAAAGUGCCUCAAGGUACUUAAAAUCGUUCAUUCAUACAGAUUCACACAUAAUGGACUAACCUCUUUGAAUUUGCUCAUCAACGAUAACGAUGAGGUCUAUAUCACAGGCUGGGAUUUCUGCUUCUCAUACACAACAGAGGAUACGACAAGGGGCUACAGAACUUUAAACAAAAGAUAUGUCAUUGACUGGCUACCUUAUAUGGCGCCAGAAGUGAGUGGUGAGGUGAAUAGAUACACAGAUACUAGAGCAGACUUUUACAGCAUUGGUGUGAUCCUGUAUCAAACACUAUGUGGUUCGCUUCCUUUCAUCGCAUCUGAUAGCCGUGAACUGAUCAAUAAGCAUAUCAAAUCUCAACCACGAUCACCAACUGAAUUUGGUCUUAGUCCUUUCUUGAGCAGUAUUAUUAUGAAGUUAUUGGAGAAGAAUGCCUAUGCGAGAUAUCAAAGCUGCGAUCAUCUCAUUAUGGAUUUGACCUCUGUCUUACAGCUUGGAUCUGAGAAACCCGGUCUGGAACCAAAAGGUUUCAUUGCAGAUGAUGCAACCUUCGAAGCCUCACCAAAGACACUAUACGGUCGUGAAAGAGAAUUACAAGAGUUGGAAUCACUGUACGAUUCAGUAGAAGAGGGUGUUCAUCUCGUAUUGGUGAAAGGAAUCACAGGUGUGGGAAAGACGAAAAUCGUCAGUGAAGUCCAAGCGAAGAUUGUUUCCAAUAACCAUUAUUUUGCUCAUUGGAAAUGUAAUACCUUGACCACUGGAUUUGCUUCCUUCAUAUUUAUCCUGAACAAUGUUAUUCAUCAAAUUCUUUCUGGUUCAGAUAAGCAAAUACACCAAGCUCGUGAUGCCAUCCUUAAAGUUGUUGGUUCAUUAGAUCUUACUCCGUUGUUUGAUAGUCUUCCUGAACUAAAGGACAUCUUGGGUCCUAAUUAUGAGUUGAUGCUUGCACAACACAUGAAGCUGAAUGGUCGUCCAGCUGUAACAAGACCUGAACUACGCUACAGGCAUAUGCUUAAGAGCUUGUUCAUAGCCCUUGGCCAGUCUUUCCCACUAACCAUUUUCUUUGACGAUUUCCAAUGGUUCUCCAUGCCUGACCUGGAGCUUUUGAAUGACAUUCGUACAGAAAUAUUGAAGGAGUCAUGGAAAUCGACCAUUCUCAUAUUUGCAACUUUUGACACCACUUAUCAGGAAACAUUUGAGAAGUUUAGAAAGAGGCUGAACUGUGAUUUUAUCGAAUACGAGAUUGUCGAUACUGGGUUUGGACCUUUCCUUACGUAUUGUGAGGACAUAUUUGCAGUUAGAACUGAGCCCAUUCUACAUGAGCGUUCCAACAAGGAUUCCAAUACGAAAAUGGAGAUCACUAGACUGGCCCACGCUAUGUUUGAAAAGGUUGACCAUAACGCUCUCAGGGUUACAUUGCUUGUUGAAGAAACGAAAUUCGAAGGUCUAUUUGACUACAAGAAGGAAGGAUUUGAUUGGGAUCUUGAAUUUGCCAAGUUCGCAGAGCUACCAUCGACACUCUUCGACUUGUAUGCUCGCAGACUAGAGCUUUUCUUAGAUGAAGAAGAAAUUGAGAUGUUGAAGUUCGCAGUGUGUAUUCACGAUAACAUCGCCUUCUCUCUUCUAGAUCUCUCUGUGGCUUCGGGUCGGAGUAUUAUAGAGGUUGGUGCCUUCUUAGCCAAGGCUGUUGAAUAUCGACUCAUCUAUCCGAUGAAUAUCUUUUACAAGUUCCCAUUCCAUCUUACAGAAGACCAGCGUCCCAGUGGUCUUUGCCAGGCUGAUAUUAAUGAUAUUGCUUCAUUGGCUCUCUUCACGCUGCGUCACGACUCGUUGUAUACAUAUAUGACCACUGUAUACAUGACAAAGGAUCAAACACAGGAAUAUCAAAAAACCAUUGGACUAAGAUUCUACAAAUACAGAAAUGUUGAUGGUGAAAUUAAUCAACAUUACUGUCUUGUUAUUGCCAGCCACUUUGCAAAGUCUUAUGAGAAAAUCUCCAAUGAUGAAGAAGCUGAAAUUUAUCUUCUCAUUAUGGCCAAGGCCCAGAAAUUCAGUUAUAAGAUCUAUGACUUCUAUCCUGCCCUGAGAUUCCUUUACGUGUCAAAAUUCAUUUUAAAGGGUCGUGGAAUGCAUCAAGAACGUCUUCCUUCGAUAUAUCUUGAGAUAUUGAAGUGUAUGAUUGCAUCAUCCGAUCACCAGGGUGCAAUUGACUUCAUAGAGUCGCAUAACUUAACCCGUAUUGAUGAUCCACGUAUUGUUCUUGUGACUAUACAAGCCUUGGCUGUUGUCGGAAGAAGAAGUGAAGGCUUCAAACUGGCCAUCAACUGCCUUGAGAAACAUGGCGUCCAUCUUGAUAAUGAUCCUAAAUCAGUGCAAGUCCAAUUGAAAGAUAUGAAGCUGAAGAAUCCGAAGACUGUCGAGGCAUUCGAUAUGAUGCUUACGGCAAGUGGAAACACGAGUAAACGCUCAAGAGUUCUUCAAGAGAUUCUAGCUGAGUUGGUUUUUUUGGCUGUACACUUUGGUGAUUAUUACUUCUCUCUUCUAGCAGCUCAUCAUCUUAUUGAACACUCCAUUAAGCAUGGCUUUUCCGGAUUCAGUUCUAUAGGACUUAUUCUAAUAGCCAUGGAUGAGAUUACAAACUCUCUCCUAUUUGCUAAGGAGCUUUCACAACUGGCAUUGAAGUUGCUCAAGACUAAAUGGGUCUCAUUUGAGUUCUGCAACAGGGUAUUCUUCAUUUAUGCCUUUUCAAUAGGAUGUUAUUUGGAGCCAUUGAAGGAUCUUGUCAAGUUCUAUGAGUUUUAUUCCGACGCCUUUACUGAGUUUCGUUCGAGCUUCUCUAUCGGCUUUAUCAUGAAAACAGCACUUGAGCCGUGGUUUUCUAUAGUAAAAGGACAGAACGUUCAGAUUGCUUAUAACAAUCUGAUUCAUUCCACUCGAAAGCUUGAUCUUGAAAUUGACGUCAACCGUUACUGGUAUAACAGUAUUGUUGCCCUAUUAAGACUGAUUCUGAAUAUGCCAUAUGAUGAAAAGUUUGAUGUGGAUAAUGACGAAACGUUUUGUCUCGAUGAACAAAGUUUCCAUUUCAAGUGUUUUUACUUCAUGUACAAGAGCUACGUGAACAAGUCACAACCAAAGACUUGGAACGAGAAGCUUUACGUCGAUGAGCUGAAUAAACUGGCCGGUUGGAUUCCUUUUAACAUGUGGACAGUUGGUGAGGCUUCAAAGUUCAUAUACAAGAAACUUGAUGGUAAGGAGUUGUCUGUAUUACAGAAAAGAGAACUUUUAGAGGAAACUAUGAAUGUUCUCAAAGAGGCAAAGGUCUUUUCACCUGAAAUCUUUACCCCAAAGUAUAAGACUUAUGAAGCUGAAAUGUUGAAGCUUGAAAGUGUGUCAGAUUUAGAGAUUUUAGAUGCAUAUCAAGAUGCUCUUGACUCCUCUGAAACAUCCUCUGCUGUUUCAGCUGGAUCUAUAGUUGAAACGGCUCGGAUUAAUGAGAGAAUAGGCAAAUGGUUAUAUCAAGGUCCUCAGUCCAAAAAGAGAGCAGCAAAUCACUUUCAACAAGCCUUUAGACAGUAUCAGGAAGCUGGUUAUAAGAUGCAGGCUGCUAUUCUGAAAUCAAGCUACUCAGACUGUUUUGAAAACUUUCAACUUCAAUCUCGAAAGAGCUCAACUCGUCAAAGCGAAAGUGGCAGCUUGUCCCCGAUCAACCAACUUCUCUCUUCUGUCCUUGUGAAAGAAGAAUACUUGACUGAUGGUGUCCAAAGUCCUGUCACUGGUAACUCUGAUGCUUUGCGUGCAAUUGAGGCAAGUUUGGCGAUUUCAGAAAGCAUGAAUACUGAUUCAAUUAUUGAAAAUCUCGUCACUGAGAAUCUCUCAAUCCUCCAUGCUGAUUAUGCUGUUGUUGCACUCAAAGAUGACGACUCUGGAAGAAUUGACAUCACUGCUGUUGGAGGAUCUUCUUUUUUUAAUCAUAUUGAUGCAGAAGAGUCAUCGAGGUUGGUUUUACCAAGAAACCUGAUGAAAGAAUGUAUCGAAACAGGAACAACGUUGGAAAACUACGAACAGAUGAAACCGAAUCUUAAAAAUGUCAUGAAAACUGAUAUAUAUUUCAGUAAAACUGCUCCUCAAUCUUUGAUCUGUCUUCCUAUCAAGAACGAAGUUGAAGUACUUGGUGCUCUAUACCUAGAGAAUGUCAGUAUUCCCAAACUCUUCACGAAUGAUAAGGUUGUCGUUGCAGAGAUGCUGUGUACGCAGGCAGCUUUUGCUCUAGACAAGUCGAGGCUUUAUUACAGGACCAUGCUAGCAAAGAAAGCAGCUGAAGAAGCAACCGAAGAAAAGGCAGCCUUUUUGGCAAACAUGUCUCACGAGAUUAGAACUCCAUUCAACUCUCUGUUUGCAUGUGCAGGUUUCUUGCUUGAUACACCGCUGAAUUCUCUCCAGAAGGAAUAUGUUGAUACAAUUGUCUCAUCUUCAAAGGUUACUUUGAAUAUUAUUGAUGCCAUUCUGACUUUUUCCAAGAUUGAACAUGGGGCUAUUACAUUGGAUAAUGAAUACUUCUCUUUGAAUGAAUGUAUCGAGAGCUCAAUGCAACUUAUUGCAGAGCAGGCAUCUGCGAAGAAUCUUGAGCUUGCAUAUUUUAACAAGUGCGAAGAAGCUGAUACGAUUAAGGGAGAUGUCACCAGACUCAAACAAAUCAUCAUUAACCUCUUAGGUAACGCUGUCAAGUUUACUUUAUCCGGAUCUAUCGUUAUACGCAGCACUGCAAACAAGCUCACUAAGGAAGGCUUAUAUGAAUUUGUCAUAAGUAUCAAAGACUCCGGUAUUGGUAUCCCAGAAAAUUCACAUUCAAAGGUCUUUGGUGCCUUCAGCCAGGUUGACGGGUCUUCCAGAAGAGUGUAUGGUGGCUCAGGUCUUGGAUUGGCCAUUUCAAAGAAACUAGUGGAAUUGAUGGGUGGUGAAAUCACCUUUGAAAGUGAAGAAGGCUCUGGUACAACUUUCUUUGUAAGAUUGACCUUCUCUGUCGCUGAGUCCAAGAGGAAAGAGUUGAAAACUAUAGGCCAGAAGAUUCUAAUUGUUGAUAGACAGUCAUACAGCAUAGAGUCUUUGAAGGAACAUCUUGAGAACUCUUACAAAAGUGAUGUAACCGUUUCAACUGAUUCAGCAGAUCUUGCUUCCUUGGACAAAUAUUAUCUGAUCUUUAUCAAGACAGACUUCCUUGACCUGAUUGACCUCAAAUCAGUAAAACCACAGAGACUGGUUAUUAUGGGGAACUACGGUACCAAGUUCGGUUCUUUAGACAAGGAUCAUCCAAUAUUACUCUUGCCAUUCUUGGAAUCUAAGCUCACUGUUAUAUUCGACGCUGCCAAUACUGAAAAGAAAAUUAACAAUGAGCAACCAGUGGCUGUAAAGAAUAUCCCACUUGCUGAUGUCAUGCCAUUAAAUAUUCUACUUGUUGAGGAUAAUAUGAUCAACACCAAAGUUGCACUCCAACACUUGAAAAAGCUCGGUUACACUGCAGAUUCUGCAAUUCAUGGUGUUCAAGCUCUUGAGAGAUGUGCUGCCAUGAUCGAAAAAACGGGCUCCAAUUACGAUGUGAUUCUUAUGGACAUCCAGAUGCCAUUGAAGGAUGGUAUUCAGACCUCAAGAGAACUCAAAGAGUUGUAUGGAUCUAAUGGUCUUAUGCCCAUUAUUAUUGCACUUACUGCAAAUGUUGAAAGAGAAGAUAGAGAUCGUUGUUUGUCUUGUGGAAUGUCCAACUUCAUAUCCAAACCGAUAUUACCAGAAGUGUUAAGAAGUGCACUUCAUGAUGCUGGUAAAAGCAUUAACCCGUGA